AGUCUAGCGGUGGCGGAGAAGGUUACAUCAAGAUAACCGGGCAGCAGCAGCGGCGACGGCGGUGGCGGCAGCAGUUUCUUCCAUCUCAGCCUCCAGAAUGGUUACUUUGAGGUUUCACCAAUACCAGGUUGUGGGGAGAGCUCUGCCGUCAGAAGCAGAAGAGCACCCAAAGAUCUGCCGAAUGAAGCUCUGGGCUACGAACGAGGUUCGUGCUAAAUCAAAGUUCUGGUAUUUCUUGAGGAAGCUGAAGAAGGUCAAGAAAAGCAAUGGACAAGUUUUGGCUAUCAAUGAGAUAUUUGAGAAGAAUCCAACAAAGAUCAAGAAUUAUGGAAUUUGGCUGCGUUAUCAAAGUCGAACUGGUUAUCACAAUAUGUACAAGGAAUACCGUGAUACAACUCUGAAUGGUGCUGUUGAACAGAUGUAUAAUGAGAUGGCUUCUCGUCACAGGGUGAGGUUUCCUUGCAUUCAAAUUAUUAAGACAGCUACCAUCCCGGCAAAACUUUGCAAGAGGGAGAGCACUAAGCAGUUCCAUGAUUCUAAAAUCAAAUUCCCAUCGGUGUUCAAGAAGGUGAGGCCCCCAACUAGGAAGCUUAAGACUACAUACAAGGCAUCCAGGCCGAACUUGUUCAUGUAGUUCUCGUGGUAACUUGUGGUAGCCUCUGUUUUGGUUGAUUGCCUAAGCCUUCCUAGUUAGUAGAUAGAGGAUUUAUAUUUUUUCUUAAAUUUUAGAGGACAUUGUGGUUUGAUGAGUUUUUAAGUAUGGAUUUUUUGAAUUUUCAGGAAUUUGAAUUUCUAUGUUUGAGCAGCCCUUAUAUGGAUCUAUUUAUGAAUAUAUUAUGAAAAAAAGU